AUGUCUACUUCCCUCCUACAACCCCCUACCAACUCCAACCCAGAGACGGCGCUCUCUCAAUCCGCCAACGCCGAAGCCUUCUUCAAAUCGCAAAAAUCCUGGUAUCCUGCCCUCCCAUACCCACUCUCCCUCUUCUCCAACUCCGAAUCGCAAGAGAAAUGGACCACCUACGAAAACCUCUUCCUCUCCUGCCUCCGCACCGGCCAAAACGACUCCGCCCACCUCUGUCUAGAAGAACUCACGACCCGCUUCGGCCUCACAAACGAGCGCGUAGCAGCCCUACGAGGACUCUGGGCCGAAGCAACAGCCACGAAUCCACAAGAACUCGAAGAUGUCAUGGCGCAUUAUGAAGAGAUUCUGAAAGAAGAUCCCGCAUGUUUCGCCAUCAGGAAGAGGAGGGCUGCACUUCUCAAAUCCAUGGGCAAGACGAGUGAGGCGAUUGCCGCGUUGGUGAAUCUCGUCGAUACCAAUCCCACGGAUGCGGAGGCAUGGAGUGAAUUAGCUGAGAUGUAUGUGCAACAAGGCAUGUGGGAGCGAGGGAAAUUCUGCUUGGAAGAAGUGUUGCUUCUUGCACCGAAUGCGUGGAAUCUGCAUGCGAGGAUGGGGGAGGUGACGUUUUUGAGCGCGAGCGGGCUGCAAGCGGGAAGUGGAGAGCAGCUGAAGGUAUUGAGUGAGGCAAUGAGGAGGUUCUGCAGAGCCGUUGAGUUGUGUGACGAUUAUUUGAGAGGGUACUAUGGGUUGAAAGUGAGCACGACACGAUUGCUCGAAGUGCUGGCGACAACGAAGAAGGGCCAAUUGACGACCUCGGAUUCUCAGGCUGGCGAUCUUGCUCCGCCGAGCAUUGAGACUGUGAAGAAGCUGAACGAGUUGGCGACUGCAAAGCUUGCUGAGAUUGUGCGGAGAAGCAAAUCAGGGGAGAAGGGUUGGGAUGGAUAUAAUGCAGCUGAGAUUGCUGCCGCAAGAGCACUAUUAGACAAAGACGUGCAGAAGAUUGCCAGAUGAUGGGAUCUGCGAGCAUGAGUGCAGGAUAUAGACCAAGAUACCCCAUUGCAAUGACUAUAAUGUAAUG